GAGCAGCUGGCGGCCUCCGCCGCGGCCUAAAGAGAGCGGGCGGCCUUCCUCUCAGCGCGCCGGGCGCGGUCCCGCGCUGCGGCCCACAAGAUGUCCACUCGGACGCCGCUGCCCACCGUCAACGAGCGGGAUACGGAGAACCAUACAUCUGUGGAUGGGUACACUGAACCCCAUGUCCAGCCUAUCAAGUCAAGUAGCAGACAAAACAUCCCCAGAUGUAGAAACUCCAUUACAUCUACCAAUGAAGAACAUCCUCACAUUGGAAAUUAUCGCUUACUGAAAACAAUAGGAAAAGGAAAUUUUGCCAAAGUGAAACUGGCCAGGCAUGUGCUUACUGGAAGAGAGGUUGCUGUGAAAAUAAUAGAUAAAACACAGCUAAAUCCUACUAGUCUGCAAAAGCUGUUUCGAGAAGUACGAAUAAUGAAGAUACUGAAUCAUCCCAAUAUUGUAAAAUUAUUUGAAGUUAUUGAAACUGAAAAGACAUUAUAUUUGGUAAUGGAAUAUGCCAGUGGGGGAGAAGUGUUUGACUACCUAGUUGCACAUGGAAGAAUGAAAGAGAAAGAGGCUCGUGCAAAAUUCAGGCAGAUUGUAUCUGCUGUGCAGUACUGUCAUCAGAAGUGCAUAGUUCAUCGUGAUCUUAAGGCAGAAAACCUUCUACUUGAUGCAGACAUGAACAUUAAAAUUGCAGACUUUGGUUUUAGUAAUGAAUUUACAGUUGGUAAUAAACUGGACACAUUUUGUGGAAGCCCACCUUAUGCAGCUCCAGAACUUUUCCAAGGAAAGAAAUAUGAUGGUCCUGAAGUGGAUGUGUGGAGCCUUGGGGUGAUUUUGUACACACUAGUAAGCGGAUCGUUGCCAUUUGAUGGUCAGAAUCUAAAGGAACUGAGGGAGCGAGUGCUGAGGGGGAAGUACCGCAUCCCAUUCUAUAUGUCCACAGACUGUGAAAAUCUACUUAAGAAGCUACUAGUACUGAAUCCAAUAAAACGAGGCAGCUUGGAACAAAUUAUGAAGGAUCGGUGGAUGAAUGUUGGCCAUGAAGAAGAAGAACUAAAGCCAUAUACUGAACCUGAACCAGAUUUUAAUGACACUAAGAGAAUAGACAUAAUGGUGACAAUGGGCUUUUCAAGAGAAGAAAUCCAUGAAUCUUUAGUAAACCAAAAGUAUGAUGAAGUCAUGGCUACUUACCUACUUCUAGGUAGAAAACCACCUGAAUUUGAAGGAGGUGAGUCCUUGACAAGCAGCAACUUGGGUCAAAGGUCUCGUCCUAGCAGUGACCUCAACAACAGUUCUGUGCAGUCUCCCGCUCACCUGAAGGUCCAGCGGAGUAUAUCAACUAACCAGAAACAACGGCGUUUCAGUGAUCAUGGUGGGGAUGACAUUCCAACAAUUGGUCCCUCAAUUCCUCCUGCUGUGUCAUACACGAAAAGGGCUCAGGCAAAUAGUGUGGAAAGCGAACAGAAGGAAGACUGGGACAAGGAUGUCUCACGCAAACUUAGCAGCACUACAGUGGGAUCCAAAGGAGAAAUGGCUGCAAGUCCACUUGUGGGUCCAGAAAGAAAGAAAUCCACCAUUCCCAGUAAUAAUGUAUUUUCUGGUAGUGGAAUGACAAGGAGGAACACUUACGUUUGUGAACGUUCUUCAGAUCGCUAUUCUGCAAUACAGAAUGGGAAGGACAACAGCCUAACAGAAAUGUCUGCGAGUAGCACGUCUUCCGCAGGCUCUGCAGUAGCUUCUGCUGUAUCAACACGGCCUCGGCAUCAAAAGUCUAUGUCUGCCUCUGGUCAUCCUAUAAAAGUUACACUGCCAACCAUCAAAGACGGCACUGAAGCUUACAGACCAAGCAGUGCAACUCAAAGAGUGCCUGCUGCUUCCCCGUCUGCUCAUAGUAUUAGCACUACCACUCCAGACCGAACCCGCUUUCCUCGGGGGAGUUCAAGUCGAAGCACUUUCCAUGGUGAGCAGCUAAGGGAGCGGCGUAAUGCCACUUACAAUGGACCGCCUGCCUCACCAUCACAUGAAACCGGUGCUUUUGCACAUGCUAGAAGAGGGACAUCAACUGGUAUUAUAAGCAAGAUAACUUCCAAGUUUGUUCGCAGCCUCUCAUAUCAUGUUACCAGCUUCUUCAAAAGCAAGUUCAGGAUUCUGAAAGAAGAAAACCCACACACCCUGGACCUGCGGUCAUUCCCGUGAUGAUGCUAACAGUAAUAAUAUUGUAAGAAGUGCUGGGAAGGAUUUUCAAAUACAUAGUUUAAUAUUAAGUGACUAUUGACUUCGCAGUCCCAAUAGCUUUUCCAAAAUGGGAUUUAAUUUUCAGUUUGCCCCUAUCUAACAGUGAUUUACUUAUAAUUCUUAAGCCUACUUAUGGAUGUAUCCAUAUGCAUUAUUGUCAGUUUUACAACAGAACUAUGUCUUGUAAACCUCGCUUUUCUUUGCAGAAUUAUGCUGUUAUGUAAUGAAUUGUCAUUUGUCUGUGUGUGUAUAUAUAUAAUAUAUAGAUAUAAAAAUUCAAACCUAGGUUAAGAUAGUAGCAAAUCUGUAAGUAAAAUAUGAGUUGCAUAAGAUGAUACUAUAAGGGAAGAGAGAAAGCUAGAAAUUCAGUGUUUUCCUUAUAAAAUGGAUUUAACCUGGUGAGCACCUAGUGCCUCACUGUAUGUUUAAGCAAUACCUCUUAUGAUGAACUAAAAAGAAAAACAAAAAAAAAGUAUGUGAAUUAUUUUCUUUUUUCAGAAACCUGAAGAUACAGGACUAUGAUCCUCCAUUAUUGGUAUCUCCAGCACUUUACGGGGUGGGGGGGAAGAAUUUGUUCUGCAGUUUAAAACAAGAAACAAAAGUUACAGCAAAAUUAGUCUCUUGUGUUGUCAGGGUACAUUUCUUAAUGGGGAAAAAAAGGUAUUUUCUGUUACUUACCUAACCAAUUUCAAGAGCACAGGCUGGUUUUCUGCACUGCAGCUCAUUGCUAUUUGCAAGGAAUGGUAUCUUGAAUUGUUUUGAUGAGUCAGAUCAAAGAAUAUUUUCAUUAUGUUAUACUGCAAUGUUAGAAUAAUACUGUAAACUGUGUAUUUAGAAUUAACAUUGUAAAUUGAUGUCUUAAAGUUAUCUUUACUAGAGAACAUUUUAUACAAUUUCCUGUUAUGCCUUAUACAGCUAAAAAUGUGUUUUCCUAUAAUGAAGGCCUUAUAAGGGCUUUGGGUGGUUUGUUGCUGGUGGUGGUGGAGGGUUUGGUGUUUUGUUGUGGUUUUGUUUCUGUAAACUGGGGGUUGUUUGAGACUUUGGGUGGAGGUUUGGGGGUUGCUGUUCUUUAGCUGGAUCACGUAACUGCAUGCCUGUUAACUUGUGUGCUGCUCAGUAAAUAAUGGUUUAAAGCAUACUUUGAAUAGAAGGUGUCAUGAAAGACUUUUAUUAUCUUUUGGCAAAGGUUAAAUGCCUUUUCUGGUAAGUAUAUAAAACAAAUCCGUAAUGAGAAUGCUUAACGAAUAGGGUAUUGAUGUAUUUUGCAUCAAUGGUUUAUGUCAAAUGAUGCUUCUCUGAUGUUAUUUACUAAAGUAUUUGUGUUUUGAAGAUAUUAUAAAUUAGUAGCUGAAAUUGUGUGCUAAAAUGUUUGUACAGCAGCACUAGGAACAUACCUAGGUGGCUUACACACUGUUUUUCAAGUUGAUUCAGACUAAAAGGGCAUAAUACAGAACAGUUCCUUUUUACAGUUAUAAUUCACCAAAAUGAGGAAAAAAAAAAUACAUGUUUAACCUCUAGCUCACCAGUAAUCUUGCCAAAGCCAGUGUAACAGCUGAUUUGCUUAAAGAUAAGCAGGUGUUGAAGUAAGCUUUCUCAACUGGGCUCCAAACAUUUGAUCUCACAAACUCCUAGGCACGUCUUACCUUUAAUAAUUUGAGUGUGCCUAAGCAAGAGCACCUCCCUGUGCUCUCCGGACUGAGCUGUAAAGGCUUGGCCAGAAGGGUGCAGAGUGGAGCACCCCCCUCCCCCAGACCGCCUUGAUCCUGUGUGCUUGCUGGAUUUACAUGUGGCCAUUGCCCUCUGUCUGCAGUAGGUUAAGAAUAACGUGUUGAUAUUACCAUCAAUUUAAAAAACAGAUAAAUAAACCAUUAUGUGUUAGAGCUGCAAGAAGUGAAGGUGUCAUAAAGGGAAGUUAAAUUUACAGCUGUGGGAAAAAUACUAUUAAACAGUGUUAGGCUUGACAUAAUUAUACUGAUUUUUCUCUUUUUUCGAUCAGUGGCUAUUUAACAUUGUUCUAGAUGUAGGUUUUCUUAACUUUUAUUUUUCACCUUUAUCAUUGAAUCUCAACCUUAACUUUGUUUUGAGGGAUCC